AUGGGUCACGAAGAGGAGGAACUUAGUCCGGAGCAGGUGGACCUGAAGGUGUCGCCCCUGAUGGGUUCCCUGCGGCGCACUUGGAGUGAUUUUUGUGCCACCAGCAGUAUCCAUGGCUUGAGAUACACCCGCGAUGAGGAUACCAAUAAAAUUGUGCACUUUGUGUGGCUCCUAAUCUCGCUGGUGAUGUUCAUCUGCGCUGUGGUUAUGGCGCAAACCUUCUACGUGGAUUAUCGCAGUAAUCCCACCAGAAUGAAUGUGGAAAGUGAUCAUACUCCGGUUAAUAAUCUCUACUUUCCACCGGUUACCAUCUGUCCUGAUGUGCUUUUCAAUAUGCAAAAGUCCAAGGCUUUCUUAAGGACUAUACAACUCCCUCAGGGAGCUGAACUAUCUGGCAUUCUGCGAAAGCUGCACAUUUUCUAUGGCUUUAUGUUGGACGAUGAACGUUAUACAGCGCAGGAUAUCGAGCAAAUGGAGUCCUUGCUUUCUCUAAAUAAUCUAACAAUUCAACAGUUUGUAGAGCACUUACGUUGGGACUGCGAUGAGAUUCUAUAUCGUUGUAGAUUCAAUGGCAAUAUUAUGGAUUGUUCGAAACUUUUUCAGCUAUCCAAGACAUUUUUUGGACAUUGCUGCUCGUUUAAUUUGAGACAAAAGGGCCUCAACUUCACCGCCCAGCGAGCCAUAGGAGGUCAAAAAUAUGGUCUUUCUGUCAUUGUGAGAUAUAUGGAUGACAGCUACGAUCCUGUACAAUCAUAUUCUUAUGGCAUAAAGCUAUUGAUUCAGGAAACUGAUGCCUUUCCCAGUGCCCAUGCCUCUGCGAAUUUUAUAGCUUUUAAUACAGAAUCCUUUGCAGCUAUAAGACCACAGGAAACCUUUUGUUCUGGGACUGUCAAAGCUUUGACUAUCGAGGAGAGAAACUGUGUGUUUCAGAAAGAGUUUCCCCUUCGCUAUUUUCCAGAUUAUGUGUAUCCCAAUUGUGAACUGAACUGCAGGGUCACAAAUAUGGUUAAGUUUUGUGGAUGUCACACAUACUUCUUUGACUUUAAUCGUACCAGAGAUAGAAUUUGCACUUUCCGUGAUAUUCCAUGUCUGGUGGAUAACUUUGCAAAUAUUAUAACAAGAAACAGAAGCACUCAAUGCUAUUGUCCCCUGACCUGUGAGCACUUUGAUUUCGAUGUCCAAAUAUCAAAUUUUCCCCUACAACUCAACAUGCCCGUGGCGGACAAGUUUUACUCAGGAAUAGCCAAGAAUGAUGGCAUAGUUCACGUCUUUAUUAAUUCCUUCAGUUAUCGCCGUCUCCGUCAUGAUUUGCUCUCUAAUAUGGUGACUUUGGUUUCCAACUUGGGCAGUGCCUUCAGUCUUUUCGUGGGCAUGAGCAUGCUCUCUGUGGUCGAGAUUAUUUACUAUUUUUCCGUAAUUUUACGCAAGAAUUAUAAUCUGGAGUGUGCAGUUCGUAAGAGGAUGCUUCAAAAGGAGCCAAAGUUCGCCUGGCCGAAGCCAAGUGACACUCGCAGUAAACACAAGAAAUCUGUUUUCAUAAUUCACAAAUCGUAA